AUGAAGCAGUCCGAGAACGCCGGCCGGGUGUUUCUCAAGUGGCUUGCGGAGCAGAACAUACGCCUCCACUUCAUUGCUUCCAGCACCCUGCUGCGAGCCAUCCAGACCGCUCACCACAUGUUUGUGGCGCCCUGCCAAGAUGGCGGCCCUGGCUGCGACGUUCUGGUGGGCAACCUGACCGUUUCCCCUCUGCCGUACGUGGCGGAGCGUACCGCCUCAGAGGAGCCCCUGCAGGCAGACAACCUUCCGGCGUCUUUGUCCGCGCAGCAGGAAGUUCUCCGCAAGCUGUACUCGCGCGACAUCAUGGACGACCGUUUCGUGCUCCACUGGCCCAGGUUGGCACAGCAGUACCAGAAGUUCCAAGCUUUCCUAGCGUUGGUGCUCGUCCCCUGGCUGUCGCCGCUACCCCCGGGCCCCGCCAAAGGCGCACGAGAGGUGGUGGAGGAUGCCGUGCCAAUCGAGUUCGAUCCACUUGUGCUUCAGUGGCCUGGGGGUGGAUACCGUGUUGGGCGGAGCUUCACUCGCGCCACCUACGAGUUGACCGAGGGGCCGGAGCUCAACGUGGCGUUGGUGGGUCAUGGCGCCAUGAUGGCUGAGGACUGCCUUGAGGGGGGCGCGUCGCCCCUGAACAACGAGGUGUUGGAGAAGCUCUUCAUCCUCGACCUGCCCGACCCCCGGGGCCCACUGAGCCUCACGGAGCUGAGGGAGCUCGAGGGCAGGUGCCGGGUGGUCAUGACCGCACCGGCACUUGCCCUCGACCUCACGACUGCGGACGUGAAGACUUGCACGCCUGGCUUCGACGUCGCCCACUUUCUCCAUCUUUCGGCGGCUUCGUCGGGAGACACCGCCUGCGUGGCGGAA